AGGCAGCAACAAUUGCUUAAAAGAUUUACACGCCAUCACCAAAAUAUAAAUAAAACAUUAUCACGGCUUUUAUUUUGGUAUCGAACAAACCCAACCGGAAGUUCGCAUGUUGCCUUUGGGGGUCAAGCAACAACAGCUAGAAGUUAAAUGAUGCCAAUUGAUAAUACAUGUCCACAAUUGGACACGCGUUUUCCUCUCACUUGGCGUGAAAAUGAGAGGAAAGUAUUAAAAUUGCCCGGUAUUUGUAGUUAAACAUUUUUCGCUGGCGACUACCUUUUUUCCUAACCUGGAGGGAGACCUUUAAACGCUCAGCGGGCCUACUGUUGCCUCCUCCGCAGAGAUGGGCUCUGAAAGCCCAGAGCAUUUUGGACCAUCUGUGACGAUGACAGAGGAGGAGGAAGAGGAGGAAAACCAGCAGCAAGAUAUCGGCCCCCUCAUCAACUCUGAUGGAGAAGAAGUGGAUUUGUCAGAUCUCAGAGAGAGAGUCACUCCAGGAGGUGGAGCGGCAGAAACACUCUCCAUCGCAUUCGAUCAGAGCGAGAAUGAAAAGCCCCCCUCCUUCCAUCGCUGCACUGUGUGCGGUAAAGUCUUUCCUUACGCUUCCAAACUCCAGCGUCACCUGCGCACUCACUCUGGAGAAAGGCCUUUUCCAUGCUCCGUGUGCGACAAGAGAUUUCCCGAAAAGGGUCUGCUUAUGAUCCACCAGAGGAUUCACACGGGAGAGAAACCCUUCCCAUGCACUUUUUGCGAGAAGCGGUUCGCCAGCCAGGGUGAACUUAGGCUCCACAGGAGGACUCACACCGGCGAGAGACCGUACCACUGUUCCAUCUGUCUGAAGAGCUUCUCUCGCCACUGGCACCUCAAGACGCACCUGGACGCCAUGCACUCCGAGGUGGUCGCCGGCUUCACCAGGAAGAAGUUCCCGUGCUCGGACUGCGAUAAGAGCUGCAACUCGGCUGCCGAGCUGAGGGACCACCAGAGGACUCACACCGGGGAGAGGCCGUAUCAGUGCAACUUCUGCGACAAGAGGUUUGCGUUGUCUGGCACGCUGGUGAGACACGAGCGCCUGCACACGGGAAUCACGCCCUACCACUGCUCGGACUGCGGAAAGACCUUUGCGCAGCAGUGGACGCUGACCACUCACAUGCGGACGCACAGAGGGGAGAAACCGUACAGCUGCACGCAGUGCGACAAGUCCUUUGUGGCGCCCGGGGAGCUGCGGAGACACACCAGGAUCCACACGGGGGAAAAGCCGUAUACCUGCGCGGAUUGUGGCAGACACUUUUCGCUGGCUGGAACCCUCAGGAACCAUAAAAAGUCCUGCACGCAAAGCAAGAAUGGAUUGGUUCAAACUGCCGCCGGCAAAUCGUCACAGAGGGAAGCGACUGACAUCAGCCCUGAGCUGUCUGCCAAUCAAGCUACGGCCAGCGUGGAGACCUCCGCCUCGUCAUCCUCGUCGUCUUCUGAGGACGUCAACUGUGACCGAGCAGCCCAAGACGGAAAUGACUCGGAAGAGGCGGAGCAGGAGCCCUUCAGUCCGCUCAUGAAUGUCGUCGUGAAAGAGGAGGAGGAGGAGGAGCCUCUGUGUGAUGAAACUUUGGCCACGGAGUGUUCCGCUGAGACAAAUAGUGUAGCUGCAGUGAAAAAGGAGGAAGUAGAGGAUCUGGUCAAGACUCCCCCGAAACUUUCUGACCAGGUGGUCAUGUCUCCAACAUCACCAGCGAAGGAUCAGCGUAACAACAAGAAGUCUAGAAGUGCUUUCUGCUGCGGCCUCUGUGGGAGAGACUGCCACAAGAUGUCAGCGCUGCAAAUCCACAUGCGCAUCCACUCGGGUGAGAAACCCUAUCAAUGCGCUCUGUGCGGCAAGCAGUUCACCCAGAAAGGUCAGCUCAAAGGCCACCAGAAGGUCCACACAGGGGAGAAGCCCUUUUCCUGUCCGGAGUGCGGCAAGUGCUUCGCCCACUCGGGCGCCAUGAACCGACACCGUCUGACGCACACGGGGGAGAAGCCCUACCACUGCUCCCUGUGCGACCGCAGCUUCAACCAGUCAGGACGUCUGAGGGAACACGAGAAGACGCACUUCGGGGAAAAGCUCAACUGCCCCGACUGCGACAAGACGUUCACGCGGGCCUCCAGCCUCAAGAAUCACGUGGAUAUCAAAGUUGACCAACUUCUCGGUUUAUGGCCACAUCCUUCUACUAUCCAGGACCGCAAGCAAGGUCGCAGAGAAAAUGCGGACUGGAUUUUGAGUGAUGUUGGCAUUUUCUAUAUGAACAAGUCCAAGGACCGCAAGAAGGUCGCAAAGAAAAUGCGGACUGGAUUUUGA